AUGCCAGAAGAUGGGGUCGCCCUUUCUUCACCUCCGCAUCUGCUGACUACCCCCGAAACCAUCUAUCUUUCGUCAUUGUUUGUCUCUCAAGGGGUGACAAAGAUACGGCUAACAGGAGGUGAGCCCACGGUCCGAUCCGACUUCCUCAGUCUCAUGCGGGAAAUCGGCAAGUUACGACACAGUGGGCUCCGAGAACUCUGUUUGACAAGCAAUGCCCUCACUCUGAGCUCGAAAUUAGACUCCUUGGUCGACGCUGGAUUGACUGGGAUCAAUAUCAGCUUAGAUACGUUGGAUCCUUUUCAGUUCCAGAUCAUGACGCGAAGGAAAGGCUUUGAGAAAGUAAUGAAUUGCAUUCAACGAAUAAUCGAAAUGAACCGUGCUGGUGCAAAUGCCAAACUCAAGAUCAACUGCGUGGUCCUUCGUGGGUUGAAUGAUGGGCAAAUUAUUCCUUUCGUGGAAUUCUGCAGGGAUCACCCCGUGGAGGUUCGCUUCAUUGAGUAUAUGCCCUUUGAUGGCAACCGUUGGAAUCGGCAGAAGCUUGUCUCCUACCAAGAGAUGCGCGCGAUCAUAGAGGCGAAAAUCCCGCUGCUCAAGCUGACCGACCAUGAAAAUGAUACAAGCAAGACAUUCCAGCCAGAGGGCUUUCGGGGCCGCGUAGGUUUUAUUACAAGCCUGACUGACAACUUUUGCGGCACCUGCAACCGCCUGCGCGUUACUGCCGAUGGAAGCCUGAAGGUAUGCUUGUUUGGAAAUUCGGAAGUCUCACUCCGCGAUCUGAUCCGCCAGAACAACAAUGGGUUGCCGAUUGAAUCAAUGGAAUUGCUCGAGGCCCGUGAUAUCGCCGAUAAUGAACGUAGCCUUUUGGAGGUUAUCGGUACGGCCGUUAAGCGAAAGCAGCCAAAGCAUGCCGGAAUCGGCAAGCUGGAAAAGACGGAAAACCGGCCCAUGAUCCUGAUCGGAGGCUGA